CUGUCAACAUAAUAAUAUGCGGGUAUAAAAUAAAUAAAAUCAAAACGUUAUUGGCAUAAAUGUCCUAUGUCAAUAUGUAGUUUUGUUUAUAAGCAAUAAAUAAGUGUAUUGUAUAUGUUGCUGAAAGAUUCAAGAAGCAACAUGGAGAGGGACUCAUCCUCCUCUACUGUCUCCAUCAUCGAUUCCAGUUCUGGUGAAAAGAGAUACUUCUUCGGAGCAAAUGGUAUCCACAAGAAUAGCUCCAGUAACGACGCAGACAUAUCGCAUACGGACUGUGAACGUGAGCUGACACCGGGAUCCCUUCAGAUCUGGCUGGAUCUACCGGAGGAGAUCAAGCAUGAUCCACUGCUCGCGCCUUUCAAACGGCUCUACGAGGAGACACAUGGUAAGAUGGAGUCAUCAGAAAUCAUUGAAGAUAAUGAAGAAUCCGACAAAAAUUCACAGAGAACUGAGAAAUGUGAAAACAAACUAUUGGAGAACCUAGAGGGCGCUGAAAGGUUAAUGGAACCUAUGCAUGUUGCAAAAGAGAAAAAAAUCAAAAGCAAUACAAAAAUCCAGUUGACCAAAAUACUCCGAGUUAUAAAGCUGUGCGUGCUGGUGGCCAGUUGGGUGCUCCUUACAGUCUCUUUACUCUUAAACAGGGAGAGAGACAAUACCGUCCUACACACAGCCCUCAACGAGGGAGAGACCAAAGAAUACUCUCUACCCAUCAACAAAGAAGGAGUAAGGGUGCAGUUCACUCUGACUGGUCCUUUCAACCAAGCGGUUGGAAAUGACAGUGAUUCUCAGUUGCAACUGUGGCUGCACAGGCGAAUACCCACUGGCAGUGGGGAGGAUAUUCAGCAGAAUUCAACCAAAUGGAUAGUAUACAUACAACCGGAAGAUAAUUUAGAUUUUGCACCCAGUGUUACUGAAACGAGAACUUUAACACUGGACGCGAACAAGCUGUCCUCAAUGUACAAGAAAAAUGAAAAUCGUACCAAAACGAUACUUCAGUUUUUUCAAUGGAAUCAAAAAAAUAAUGGUUCCACGACGACGCUGCGCAUGCGCACGACAUGCAACGCGACAGUACCACUCACUGUCACCUACCACCUGGACCCGCUAGAUGAGGACGACGGCAUCAUCUACUCCCUGAUCCUGUUGCUCACUUUGUACAUCUUGAUUAUAUUUGAGAUCGUAAACCGCACGAUAGCAGCACUGCUGUCUUCAUCCCUGGCUGUGGCAGUACUGGCGCUGAACGGAGCGCGGCCCUCGCUGCCAGAGUUGGUGUCGUGGCUGGACGUGGAGACGCUGCUACUGCUCUUCAGCAUGAUGCUGCUCGUCGCGAUCCUGGCUGAGACAGGGCUGUUUGAUCGACUCGCUGUUCUUGCUUUUGAGGUGACCGGUGGUAACACGUGGCCGCUCAUCAACUGCCUGUGCAUCUUCACCGCGGUCUUCUCCACGUUCCUGGACAACGUCACCACUGUUCUACUCAUGACUCCUGUCACCAUCAGGCUAUGCGAGGUGAUGCACCUGAAUCCAGUCCCUGUGCUGAUGUCGAUGGUGAUAUUCAGCAAUGUGGGGGGCGCGGCCACGCCCGUCGGCGACCCCCCCAACGUGAUCAUCGCCUCGCAGCCCUUCGUCCUUCGCGAGAACAUAAACUUCACAUCAUUCACCCUUCACAUGGGCGUAGGAAUCCUUCUAAUAUGUGUACAAACGUACAUACAGCUGAGGUACAUGUUCAGGGACAAUAAACUGCGGCACACCCUCCCAAGCGACAUACAAGAAAUGCGUCAGGAAAUCGCCGUAUGGAAGAAGGCUGCAGCUUCCUUGGCCUCUUACUCUAAAGAUGAAGAUAUAGUGCGAAGAGCAUUGGAGAAGAAGGUGGAGAAGCUGCGGCACGCGCUGGCGCGGCGCGAGGCGGGCGGCGGCUGCAAGGCCGACCCCGCCUUCUGCUCCACGCUCGCGCACAUGAAGCAGAAGUACCGCAUCAGAGACAAGCAGCUGCUGAUAAAGUCUGCCACGUGCGUGCUGUUUGUGGUCAUCGUGUUCUUCCUUCACGCGAUACCAGAGUUGCAGCGUCUGUCCCUCGGCUGGACCGCCCUACUCGGAGCCCUGUUACUACUCCUGCUGGCUGAGAGAGACGACCUGGAGCCGAUCCUGGCCCGCGUCGAGUGGUCCACUCUCCUGUUCUUCGCAGCUCUGUUCGUACUCAUGGAGGCUCUCUCUAAGCUGGGCCUGAUCUCAUGGAUCGGCAGGAUGACGGAGGCGGUCAUCCUGCAAGUCAACCAGGAGUCGAGGCUUGCUGUCGCAAUCAUGCUCAUAUUGUGGGUGUCAGGGCUGGCAUCAGCGUUCGUGGACAACAUCCCGCUGACUACGAUGAUGGUGCGCGUGAUCGCUGCGCUCGCGCGCCCCGACGGGCUCGCGCUGCCGCUGGCGCCGCUCACCUGGGCGCUCAGCUUCGGCGCCUGUCUCGGAGGUAACGGCACACUGAUUGGUGCCAGCGCGAACGUGGUGUGCGCAGGAGUCGCCGAACAGCACGGCUACCGGUUCACGUUCAUGGAGUUCCUCAAGAUAGGCUUCCCGAUCAUGAUAGGCAAUUUGCUAGUCGCUUCUGUUUAUUUGUUGAUUUGUCACUGUGUUAUCUAUUGGCAUUAAGUCACGAUUCUCAGGUGUAUAGUAUGCACUGUAAAGUGCUUAGGGCCUCGCCACACUACGGAUACUAGUUAUUCAGGGUCAUUUUGACAUCGCGAUACUAAAUGUAACCACAUACGUAUCUUCUUGGAAAUAACACUUUACAAUAAGUUACUUGAGCCUUAGAUGUAAAUAAAAAGUGUAAGUUUCGAACAAAAAAAAAUAUUAAUUAAGAGUGAUUUUAAUUUUACGCGCCCUAAAGCCACUACGACUAUUCUAAGAGAAUUCCUUGCAGCGGCAACACUACUUUCAGUCAGAAAUACACCCACGCACAAGCCAUAUUCGCAUUAAACUACAAAAUGAUAAAAAAAUCAGAAAACUAAAACCAGAAUUUUUGAUGAAAAUAUUCGUUAUUAAUGGAUGAUUUUUGGCACAAUGUCUGCAAAGGUGAAGACGAGUAUGUGGUUUCAUUUAGUAUCGCAAUACAAAAUGACAUGUAUACUGUUAAUUUGUAAAUUUGCCAUGUAUUAAGGAAAUCACACAAGUCAGUGGUGAAGGGUCCAUAUAACCCGAAUCUUGCAGGCUUGCCUUUAUAAUAAUUAUAAUAAUAUCAGCCCUGUAUAUAUACUUGCCCACUGCUGGGCACGGGCCUCCUCUACUACUGAGAGGGAUUAGGCCUUAGUCCACCACGCUGGCCUAGUGCUAAUAAUAAUUUGUUUUGUUAAAUUCUUCAAUUCAUAGGAAUGACUACAAAGAUGCAUUUAGUUAUAUUUGAAAACAGUCCAUCUCUGAAAAUUCUUCAAUUUAUAGGAAGCUACAUUAUUCCUAAGUCAUGGUUGGCAAUGCUAUUGCUACUGUAAGAAUCUUUGAAGUUUUUGACAAUUUAACGAUGUUACCUCCUUCUGGCUAAAAGUACCCAGUAUCUCUCCGAACAAGUUAAUAGUAAUGUAGCUUCCUAUUAGUAAUUUCACUAUUCAAAAUCUUAGCAGUUUCUAAGAUUAGCGAUAAAAAAAACAGACAAACACUUCAGCUUUAUAUAUUAGUAUUGAUUAUAUCUUCGUUCCUUGAACGAAAACAAAUAUUUGCAAAAAUUUGCCAUCCUUUGUUUCUCGAAUACUUUUGAGGCUAUUUAAACCAAAGUGGUUUCUCUUAGAAAAGCGUGUAACUUCGUAUAUCAUAUCACUUUUUACAAGAUUUGAGUCUUAACCGCCUUGCUUUUCUUACAAACACUGUUGCCGUGGAUUGAACGCGACACCGCUUUACAUAAUUCAUAACUCGCUUUAUGGGACCAUUAAUGGCAUCCAGUGUCAGUUCUGUAGUAUGGAAAGGCCCUUAGAUUAUACAAGACAGCCGAGCCCUGGACGAGUUAACAAUGGAGGUAGAAUUAGGGUUGUAAUUAAAUUAUUGAUAAAAUGUAAUACUUUAGCCCGUUUUAUCUUUCCUUUUAAAUAUUCUAAAAGCGAGUUCACACUACAAUUAAAUAUUGUAAAGGCGAGUUCACACUACAAUUAACAAUAAGAAAUUCACCAAUCUGACAGCGAAAUUUCACACUUACCCUUAUCUGAUUAAAGCAAGAAAGUAACGAAGGAAAGAGAAAAAAAUAUUAUGUUUUUUAUUAAAAUCGUAAAUAUUAUGUGUUUUAAAUUACAGGAGAGGUAAAGCCGGGCAUUUACAUGUUAAACAAAUUCCUACUUUAUAAUAUAAUAAAUAAAGUAUAUUCCUGUGAUAUACAGUAGCUUAAUUAACAUUAAAGUAAUUUUAGAGUACAUUUAAGCAGAGUAGUCCUCAUUUUACAUAGCUGAAUUUAAUUUUAAUUUUAUUUUAUUCAUUAAACAUUCACAGCCCUUAAUACUAAAAUGACACAAUGUGAUACACUUAUCUUAAGGCCGACAACGGAUUUACAUUUUGUUUACACGUUUAAAUAACAUUUAAAAUCUGGACGCCGUUGGUUAAUUCUCAUUUCUAUGUCAACAUAUAUAAAAAUGAACAUCAAUAACUAUAAUAUACUGCCGGUGUAUAUUAUAUUUAUAUUUACGACACUUCAUUCGUAUCUCCGGUACGGCAUAAAUGAGAUAGUACUGAGAAUUGCCACUAGAUCGCGCGGUAACAUGCAUUACUGACAGCCGAGCGAAUAUCUCCGUCUCAUCAAACAAUACACGGAAUUAUUAUGUACUAGUUAUGUACAUGAUUAUCUAGGACUCCUUCGAUAGCCUUACAGACAUGCUUUAUAAAAUCCCCUAUUUACCUAGACUGCCUUGGUGGCGUAGUUGUACACGCGCGAUACGACAGCGCGCUGGGGUCCUGGGUUAGAAUCCCGGGUCGGGCAAAGUGAUAUUUGGGUUUUUCUGCUCAGUAUCAGCCCGGAGUCUGGAAUUUGUGCCCGAUAUGGCGAUAGGCUCGCCCCCUAUCACAUCAUGGGACGGAACACACUUGGCGAAAAGUGGGUGCCCUAGUUGCCUUUGCAUACCCCUUCGGGGAUAAAUGCGUGAUGUUGUGUGUAUUUACUUAUACGGCCAUCAAAGUUGUCCUUCGAUUGUCUGUAAUUGCAAAAAGACGGAUAUCUUCUAUCUAUAGACGGAAUAGGGCCCCUGACCUUAUAUUUAUUAGCACAGCCCUUAAUCAUACUGAAUCAUUCCAGUUUUAACAUAAAUUGUAGUUAACGAUGACGUUGCCUAUAAAUAGUUUUAUCGUUGCCAAUAACAUGAUUUUCCAUAUAUAUUUUUUUAAAAUCUUAUACUCAAACCCAAAAUCGCAGCUGGCAACCCGAUCUGUAACGAACAGUGCGGUAGUAUCAAAGGCCAAUCCGUCUUAAAUAAAGAAACAGAACGGGAUCUGGUAACCUUAUUUUGAUAAUGCGCUGUUAUGUACGCAGAGGAAUUUUUAUAUUUACUACAUAUAAAGUGUAGUUCAGAGAAACUAUGUGAUGUAAAAUGUAUUUAUUUCGUCUGCCAGUUCUGUGGAAUAUACUCUAACUUAAACAACGAAGCUUUUACAAUAAACUAUUGUUAUUAA